UUAGCUGGUUGUCAUCGCAGCGCCGAGACGUCUCUUCACAUUAUUAUGCUGUGACAUGAUGGCUGCAUACAAGGAGCUUAUAGACACAGCAUUCCCAGCAGCUCCUAAGAAAACAGCAUAUAUAGGAAAAGGAAAGACUAUUAAAAAAUCUACUAUAACUAGCUUGGGGCAAAACAAAAAGCAGAAGAAUUUCGUAAUGAAUGCCAAUCAAGACCUACAGCAUUUGAAGCAAACAAGAAAAUACUUAAUGACAGGACAACUGACUAUGAUUGGUGAUGGUCUCUAUGAAAAGGAAAGGUGUUCCAGUUGCAACGAGCAGCAUCGGAUAGCAAGUGUCCUGACAGAGGCAUACAGGACUCCUAAGCACUGCACACUCCCAAGCAUAUUGAGUCGCUGUCCUCCAUCUCCAGUGACAGCAAAGAAAGAGAAAAGUAAUAGCAAUCGUACUACCCCAACGCCAACAGACUUCCAUAUCGAAGUUAGCAAGACUGCUCCAUUUAGCAGAGAAUUUUGCCGCAAGAUGCUUUGUCAAGAAGAGAAUACACUGACUGAGCGCUUGCAGUUUGAAAAGGCAUUACUGGAAGAGACAGAAAAGAAAUUUCAUAAAUUUGAAUUAGCCGAAUUAAGAUAUCAGAAAGAACUUGAUGAAGAGAAGAAAAGAUACGAAACAGCAAAGAAAAGAAGAUUGGCACUUCAGACUUUACUCAAGACACUAAAUGAUAUACCAGAGACAAAGCCUGUAGAAAUAGCACCAAAACAAGAGUCAUCUGGAGGAAUAUUACGUUAUAAUUAUUCAAAUGCCUCAAGGAAAGCAGUUCGAAUCAAAGACAGCUCUGACGACACCACAGCCUCAGACUCCAAUCAUACAUCAGAGGCUACUUCGUGUCUUUCUAAAUAUUUGACUUAUGCCAGCUCACAGUAUUUGACAGCCUCUUCUCGUUCUUACUUAGACACAGACGAGUCUUCCUCAGAUGAAUCAAUUAUAUUAGUGGGAAAUAAUUCAGAGAUGGACGAAGUUUCAAACAGUUAUUUAUUGAGUGAUCCAUCUCAAAAUAGACCACCGGUUGGUGAAACAUUUGCAAGCAGUACCUCUGAACAAGGACUUGGACACAAGAACAUAUUUUUGCGUCAUAAAAGUGGGACAAAAUCCAGUGAAGAGACCAGCAAGCAAAUCAGGGAAACUAAAAGUAGCGAGGCAGCAGUGAAAAGUGCACCUACCCUAGUUACAUAUACAUCUGAGAAUGUCAAUACAGAGGCUGAACAAGAAGAUUUACAAGUCAAUAUUCCUGGACAGGCAAUGAAAGAGGACAUAUCUCAAGCAUCACAGGUCUCAAAUCUAGAGAUUAGCAGGAUUAGUAGCAAAACAAACAUAGCAGCAACAAAAAGUAGUCGCAUUGGCAGCAAGACUGAUGUUAUCGUCAAGAGUAGAAGUAAAACUAAUAUUCUACGGGCAAACAGUUCCAAUUCUAGCAAACGUCAAAAGAGUAAAGAAAAAAUCAGUAAAGUGUCAAAGGUCAACAGUUCACUUUCUGCAGAAAGACAGAUACAUGUACAUACAAACAUACCUUCUCUCAUAAUUACAGCUCCUUCAACAGCCAGUAACGUAGGACAAAAUGAGAGCCAUAGUACUACAGAAAUGCCAUCAAAGGAAAGCAUGUAUGCAUCAUCAGAGGAGGAGAGUGUAAGCAUGAUAGGUCAUGUAGCAUCAGGCAGUAGCAGCAAUGUUUUAUCAAAGGACACAUCAAUAGACAUUGUGGCCUCUCAAAAAAGUGAAGAACGAAGCGGAGCUGCCAUUAGUGACCAGGAUAAAUCAGCAGCCAGUGUUAUUGAUAUUGUAGUCUCAGCUGAAGCACCUAAUGAAGAAAAAGAAGUUAUCGCUCCAUCAGCCGAGCCUCAAGAGUCCGAAGUAAUAGCUUCGAAAUCCUCAGCAGCUCAAUCUCAGAUUCUACUCAAAGCCAAGAGUCGAACCGUCCAGCCUGCACUGAGCAUUGGGACAAUGCUAGCAAAGAAUAUUGUCCAGAAAGCCAUGGAAAUGGUAAUCCAAGAGAUUCAGUCUGACGAGCUUCAUCAAGCAGAAUCCUUUGAGAAUACUCAAGCACAAGUUGAAGAGCUACUCACUUGCUCCAGUGAAGAGUACCUGACUAUGACAGCAACAGAAUUAGUACGUAAUGCUAUCGCUAAGGUACAAAAGGAUCUGGAGAGCGUUGUGUCAUCAAGCAAUAUUAAUGCAACAGCUGGUACAGAAGCAACGCCGUCAAAAUCUAUGUUCUCUUUCAUGAAGCUCCCUUCUGUCAAGUCUAUACGUAAAAUAUUCUCGUUCUGAGGAUGAGCAAAGAAAGAAAGAAUGAAUCAGACUAACUAUUACAUGUAGUUCCAUAGGAGUAGUUUAACAAUAACAAAACAACAAUGACAUCAUAAUAACUAGUAAUCUAUUAUUGUAAUGUUGUUGACAGCAAAAUGAAUGAUCAAAAA